UGAGGCUUACCGCCUAGGUACAACAGACCCCUCCUAAGUCCUACCGAGGGAUAUUGCAUCAGUUGAAUGCUAAGCAGUAAAGUGCGUCCAGUCGCCAGAUUCUAACAAAAUGCGGUGGCUUGUGGUGAUUUUGAUUUGUGCUGUGAACAUUGUUUUGGCGGAAAAUGGAACGAGUCCCGAUGCAGUUUUGGAACCAUUCGACUACUACUCCAUGCCAGCUCUGUCCGAGCUGGAUGAUUUCGACUUAUGUUUAAGAAAACCAAACUCCGUCUACUGCAUCGUUGAUUUCGAACUUCUAGAGGAUGAUACACCGUUGUAUCAAUUUAUCAAAAAUUUCUCAUCAUUCUCGUACAAGAACUACAAGCACACAAAAUUACACAGAGGGGUAUGUGGAUCGGAGCAUUGUGGUCUGAAUCAUACUCAUGUCAAUGUUAGUGAUGCCACCGCGAACACGCUGAAAGAGUGCUUCAAUAGGACUAUCCAUCAGGGAUAUGGCUUACAGGUAGAUUCUUUAUCCGUGAGAUAUUGCAAGACACAGAACGAUCAUAUUCCUGUCGAUGCAUUGGACUAUAUCAUAGGAGCAUUGCUCUUGCUAUUGCUCUUCGUCAACCUUGGAUGUUCCGCGUAUUACUUCUUAUGGCCACCAGAAAGAGGAGAAGGUAAUCGAUUCAUGUUGGCUUUCUCUGUGCAAAAGAACUGGAAAGCUUUAAAACAUGGAGGCAGUGCUGAAGGCGGUAUCUUUAAAUGCUUUCAAGCUAUGAGGUUUUACACGAUGGUGAUGAUCCUUGGUCUUCAUUCGAUGAUUUUCAUUGGCUACGGGUACACUGAAAAUCCUGAAUUCAUAGAAAAAUCGUAUGAAGAUUUCUUCAAGUCCCUCCUAUUUAAUGCCCGAGUGAUCGUCCAAAUCUUCUUCGUGAUGGGAGGAUUCCUGAUGGCCUACAAGAUGAUGGUGUACGCGGAAACGCAUCAGUUCAGUCUCAAAACUGUUCCUAUGGCCAUCGUGAAUAGAUGGUUUAGGUUAAUGCCAGCAGUUCUCGUUGUGAUGGGGCUGGCGAUGACCUGGGUCCCACAUUUGGGCUCCGGGCCCAUGUGGGACGCAGUGGUCAAGCGUGAGCGCGACAUAUGCAGACAAAACUGGUGGCAACUGGUGAUUUUGAUGCCCAACCUGUUCCCGUUUGAGCAUCUUUGUUUGCCACAGGCUUGGUACCUAGGAACUGACACCCAGCUGUUCUUCAUCACGUUGAUAGUCCUCCUCAUCAUCUGGAAGUGGCCGAAGACAGGAGUUCCUAUUCUAUCAAGUGUCAUGGUCAUCAGUCUACUCAUCCCGUUCUUACAGAGCUACUUUAUGAACCUGCUCCCCAUCAGGGUCAGCAUUUUCCCAGAAUCUAUAAGAGACAUUUUCGGUUAUAACGACACCUUCUACCAUGCCUAUGUUUCCGCGCAAGGGAAUUGGGCCGGCUAUCAUCUCGGAGUCCUCACUGCCUGGUUCUACCAUAGAGCGCAAACUAAGAAAUGGGAUUUAGGUGAAUCUUUGCUAUUAAAGUUGAUGUUCGUGAUCUCCAUACCAGUUGCCUUUGGCACAGUGCUCAUGGGAUGGGACCUCCAUGACCGCGAGGCAUCGGCCUUCGAAUCAGCUGUGUUCAACACUCUGAACCAGAACUUCUUCGCCUUGGCAAUUUGCGUCUUUAUCAUUGGAUACUUCUAUAAAUGCAACAGAGUUUACGUAAAUUCAGUCGAAUGGGGACCCUUGCAGCCACUCGGCAGAAUGUCCUACUGCGCUAUGCUGUUGCACGCGACAGUGCUUAGGACUUAUGGUGGUCAAAUGAGAAGAUCGUUUUACGCUACAGAUUAUACUGCUAUAAUGCUGUUUGCUGGCAUCGUCUGCACAACAUACCUGUGGUCUCUGCCUCUAUACCUCUUUGUAGAAGCGCCGGCGUGUCAAGUGCAGAAGAUUCUGUUUGGGCCCAAGAGACAACAGAGAGAGAAAGAACAAGAAAACGGCAAUUCAGCUUGCGUCAAACCGGGACUUUCAAGCGUGUCUGUGUCCACUGUUUCCACACAUAUCUAAAAGACUUAUUGUUUAUAUUCCUAUUUUUACUUACUGUAAUAAAAAAAAACUAAAAACUAAAA